AUGGGCUUUGUAGUUCUUCCCGCACUGGUACCAGACAUUAGCGCUGUGUACGAUGUGUACUUCGCAGCAUUCAAGGACAGCCCGCUCACGCGCGCACUGUUCCCUUCGGCUACCGAGAAAGACUUCACUGACGCGAAUUCGGAGUUUCGACAGGCUCACACCGCCCAUGUCUCGGAGUAUUGGAAAACAAGUGCAACGCAAUACACCUUGAAAUGCAUUGACACCGAGACUAACAAGGUUGUUGGGAUGGCGCUAUACGACGUGUACAUUGCACCAAGUGAUUGGAAGAAGGGUGAGAUCGGAUGGCUGCAGGGGAAAGAACGAGAGCGAGCCGAGGCCCUUGUUAAGCCGCUUUGGGACGCGAGAGAGAAGUUGUGGCUCAACGAGAGAUAUAUCUACUGCCACGUGAUGGCAGUGCAUCCGGAAUAUCAACGGAAAGGCAUUGGCGAGAUGAUCUUCAAGUAUGGAAUGAGCAUAUCAGAGCAGACAGGAUUGCCCACCUACAUAGAAAGUUCGGGCGAAGGUGUCAGGCUUUACGAGAAGAUGGGAAGCCGGAGAUUGAAGGAGAAAGUGGUGCAUAGGUCGGAAGAUAUUUCACCAGAGAAGACCAAUGGUGCGAGGGAGGACCAGGAAGUUCCACUAUAUGUCUGGCUGCCGAAAGGUGGAGGGAAGAGAUUACCAAAGUCUGUAGAGCUCGCAUAA